UUCUUGAGCGCACACCUUUUGUGGGAUACGUAAGCACUUCCUUAACAAUUUACAUUCAGACGCAGAAAGAAGCAGCAGCACACCUGGGAGAGCAGAGACUCACAAGCAACAAAUUGCUUUUUUAGAUCAUGGUGGCAUUUUCAGCGACACCGGUGUGGUCGACUUUGCCUACUACAGGAACUUGCGUGAACAACCUUGCUCGGAACGAGUGGCCCUCCGCUGUCCUUUUACCAUCGGAAGACUUCCAAGGGUACGGUCGGAGGCCGAGAUGCAGUACAAUCCCGCCUGCCAUUGGGUCGUCUGUGAAGGGUCCGAUAUACCGGGAAACGCGGUGGCCGGAGGUGACGACAAGGGAGGCGAGGUGACAUACGUGGGACGAGUCCUGCAUGAGGGCGAGCUUCUACCGGGAAAGGUGGUACGCUCCCUGGGCGCCUGCUUCGUCACGCACGCAGGGCUCGAGUACUCGUCUAGAGAUUACCAGGCGCUGGUCUGCAGGGGCGCGUCCCUGGCCUGGCGAGUGGCGUCCGACGGCGACGUACCCAGCGGAGCCAUCCAGGGCGGCGUGACCGCAUCGGGGGAGCCGCUCUACAUCGGCCGCGCCCACCACGAGGGCUUGCUGAUCAUUGGCAAGUUGCAUCCGUCGAGCGAAACCAUGUACGUCCCGUACAACAAAAAGGAGUACGGAUACGCCCAAUACGAAGUCCUGACGUUGAAGACGCUCAACCUGUGAGAUUACGCGAAACAAGACCCAAUCCGCAACGGCUCUACACAACGCCCUCGCAGCAGCCCGCAAGCUGUACAUCGCCGGAACAACGCGUUUCCAAGGGGCGUCGCGAAUUUGCUAUUCGAACAACUGCGCAAAUGUUCCUUGGAGCCGUGAAUAUUUAAAGGAAACAAACCUUCGUUCGACGAUCCAGAGCGUCAUGAUUGUGAAAUUUAUUCUUUUUGGUUCAAGAGUGGUUUCGUAUUUGAGCGCUUUUUUAAAUAUAUAUUUCAGCAAUCUUGUUCACUUAGACAUUACCAUAACCAGUGUCUCAAGUACACAUCUACGCAAUGAUAUUAAUGUGGCCGUGCCACAGAC